UUUGGUAUAACUGGCGGGCAGUUAGUUUUAUUUGUGCGUUGGAGUCUCGUUCGUUAAUAUUUUUUUGCAGGGAAAAAAAAGAAAAAAAGAAAAUCACCCAAAAUUACGACCCCUGACUGCUGGUAAUUCCCCAACAUAUUGAAUCCUUCUUCUUCAUUUUGUUCCCUCUCCAUUUCCUUUCAUUGACACGUUGAAUUAGAGAGAGAACAGAGAGACGACAAUGGCUCAUUGCAGGCCCCUAGGGUUAUUGCUCGGCCUGCCUUUCGCUUUGGUCUCACUUGUUCUCUCCCUCGUCGGUGCGGUUGUAUGGAUUUUAGGGACAUUGCUGAGUUGUAUUUGCCCAUGCUGCAUAUGUUGUGCCGGAAUCGCAAACGUGGCGAUGAGCCUUGUGAAGCUUCCCAUCAAAGUGCUUGGAUGGUUCACCGAUCUGAUACCGUGUUGACAUAUUUAAGCCCUUGAUCAGUUUCACUACUUCUUUGAGGUUUUUGGGCAAAUCACUUAUAACCCGAACCAUUGGAUGUAUAUAUAUCAGAUAGGACUGCAGGAGUCUUGUUCAUAUGGAGAUCUAUUUGGUCGAAUGUUUCUCCAAUCCUAUAUGUCGAUUAAACUGAUGGAAUGUUAACUGAUAAGAAGAGAUGUUGCCGCCUGUAGAUAUAAUUAUGUGCUCUCUUUAUGCCAGAAAACCUAACC